AUGACGCUCUCUACCUUCUUAAAGGUUCACCCUCCAACUUUCAGAGGGACCUCGAAUCCGAUCGAUGCUGAUAACUGGAUACAGGCCAUUGAGCGAGCAUUACAGGCCCAACAAGUUCUGGAUGAGCAGUGGGUUAAGUUUGGGACCUACCAGUUGCAUGGUGAAGCUCAGCACUGGUGGCAGGGCAUGAGGCUCGGAAAUGCCAAAGAGCUCAAACUGUUUCAACUUAAACAGGGCCAAAUGACUAUUACUGAGUACACCAGUAAGUUUGAGGAAUUGUGCCACUUCUCACAAAUCUGUCAGGGAGCUCCUGAGGACUAUGCUGAGUGGAAAUGCAUAAAGUAUGAAGGAGGCCUUAGGAGUGACAUUCAGAGCUUUGUGGCACCUAUGCAUAUUCGGGUGUUUUCUGAGCUGGUGAAAAGGACCAGGGUGGCAGAGGAUUGUGUCAGAAGGGCUGCAGCAGAAAAAGGGAGUCUGAGGAUGCCAUUCUAG